AUGUGGAUAGCCAAUACAUCAGAAUUAAAUGAGUGCUCAAUCAUUAAUGUUAAACAAGUAAAUUGGAAAAAGGAAUGUUGUAUAUGCCCUAAAGAACUUGCCAGUCAAGGUGCGACUGUUCGUUGUGAUGCAGGUAGUUGUAGAAAUUGGAUUCAUGUAACAUGUGCUCAGGCAUAUAACCUUUUGGAAUGUGUAGAAGAUUCUGAAAUGGCAGAUCCUUAUUUUGUUAGUUGUAAGGAUCAUGGUUCGCAAGCUGGAUCACUUUGUUUGAACGAAUGGGAAAGAUGGAUUUUGAAACGUGAUACAUUUUUAGAUAAAAUUAGAUCUGAAGAAUCACAACAAAGAACCUAUCAACUUACAAGUGACGAUAGUAGUAGUUGGUUAAUAGAGCAAGGGAAAAUACUUCGAGAAAUUUUUGAAGAUAGUUAUAGUGAAUAUCAAAAACGUCAAGAGAUACAAAUAACCAAACUUAAAAAAUCGAUUGCACAAUCAUAUUCGAAGAUACAAAUAACCAAACUUAAAAAAUCGAUUGCACAAUCAUAUUCGAGUUAUAAACAAGAUAAGGACAAUCUUGAUAAAGCAAAGAAAGAUAUUGAAUUACUGUUUCAAAAUACAUUAACAGCAAAAUCAGAAACUAUUGAAUUAGUAAAAUAUUUUAAAAAGUUAAUACUUGGAGUAGAUAUGUUUGUUGAAAAGAUGAUUAGAAAAGACAUCGAAAACAGUGAUAUCAUUGAUAACAAAUCUGAUAAAAAGAAUAAUAGCACAACUAAUCCCAUUGUUAAUAAUGGCACAAAUACCAACAAAACAAACCAAUAUACUUUCAUUGAAUAUCCAACUUACAAAGGAGCAGGAAAUCAAAUGAACGAAGGAAUAUUCAUGAGAGCAUUAAUUGAGAUUCGACAAUUAUUAACUAAAUUACCAAACUCCAUAUCAGAUUGGAAUAGUGAUAGUGUGGAAGAAGCAAAAGCAAUUAAUGUUAAAAGGUUGGGUAACUUUGAAGGAAUUGAACCAUUACGAUUAAAUAAUGCACAAAAAAGUAUUGAUCAAAGACAAAAGGAAAACAAACUUAAAGUUAACAAGAAUGAAAAAACGAUUACAACACACAAAACUAAAGCUGAGACUAACAACAAUACCAACAAUAAUAGAUAUAGUAAUGAUGCAUCAAAAUCCAAAAAUCCAAGAAAUACUAACAAUGAUAAUCUAAAAAAUAUUCAACAACAAGUUCGAUCAUCAUCAUCAUCCUCUACUAUAACGAAUUCAAAAACAUUACAAUUAGUAGAUAAUCUUACCAAUCAAUUAAAAAAAGCAUAUUAUACUGGUAAAGUGCCAUAUACUGCAGCUAGAACGAGAUCAAUCGGUCCAUCUGUAGACAAUAAUAAUAGUGAUAAUGGAAAUGGAGAUUAUUAUGAUUACGAAGAUGAUGGGAAUGAAGAUGUUUUUGAUGAUGCAGACAAUGGAGAAGAUGGCAAAGAUUAUGGAUCUUUUGAUAGUUAUAAUAUGAAUGGUUAUAAUAGUAAUAAUAGACCGAAAAUCGUUUAUGGUAAUAUAUUUACUGCAUUAGUAGAUGGUGAUGUUAGGUUUUUGGCACCCAUAGCUAGUAAUAAUGCAAUUAGAAGCAGCAACAGUGACAGCAGAAUUGAACCACCAGAUCAUAAUCAAACAUCACUAUUUUACGCUCACUUUAAAAAAUCUUCUUCUACAAUGAUAGAAAAGAAAGGUAAAGAUAUAAUUAACCGAAUGCUUAGAUGUAAUUUUUGUAAAAAAUGGAAUCAUCUUGCUUGUAUGAAUCCGCCUAUAAAAACUAUUCCUAACGGUGGAUUUGUUUGGAGAUGUGAUGAAUGUGGUCCAAUUGAUGCAAAUGCAAUUGAUCCACUCGAUGAACUUAUUGCUAAAGGUAAACAUCAACUAGAACAAGAAGGUGACAAUUAUAAUAAUUGUAAUUUAUCCAAAACUCCAAAAAGAUGGAAACUUAGGGAAAAAGCAAGAAUAUCAUAUGCAUAA